AUGGCCAGUGACUCAGAUCAAACCAUGACUAUCAUCCUGAAUGAUUUAUUUAAUUACACUGAUUUGUGGGAGUUGUUUGAGGAUGAGUUUGCAAAUUUCACUGGCACGCCACCCACAGAAGGACAUCGUUAUAGUCCCUGUAAGAUGGACACUGAGACGCUCAACAAGUAUGCCGUGGUCGUCAUCUAUGCCCUGGUCUUCCUGCUGAGCCUCCUGGGAAAUUCCCUGGUGAUGCUGGUCAUCUUAUACAGCCGGGUGGGCCGCUCCGUCACCGAUGUCUACCUGCUGAACCUGGCCAUGGCUGACCUGCUCUUCGCCCUGACCUUGCCUGUCUGGGCCACCUCCAAGGCAAAGGGCUGGAUCUUUGGCACAGCCCUGUGCAAGGUGGUCUCACUCCUGAAGGAAGUCAACUUCUACAGUGGUAUUCUACUGCUGGCCUGCAUCAGCGUGGACCGCUACCUGGCCAUUGUCCAUGCCACACGCACGCUGACCCAGAAGCGGCACUGGGUCAGGUUCAUAUGUUUAGGCAUCUGGGUCCUGUCCUUGAUCCUGGCCCUGCCCAUCUUCGCCUUCCGUGAGGCUUAUCAACCACCCUAUUCCAGACCAGUCUGCUACGAGGACAUGGGUGCCAAUACAACGAAGUGGCGGAUGGUGAUGCGGGUCCUGCCCCAGACCUUUGGCUUCCUGCUGCCCCUGCUGGUCAUGCUCAUCUGCUACGGACUCACCCUGCGCACGCUCUUUGCGGCCCACAUGGGGCAGAAGCACCGGGCCAUGCGGGUCAUCUUUGCUGUCGUGCUCGUCUUCCUGCUCUGUUGGCUGCCCUACAACCUGGUCCUGGUUGCAGACACCCUCAUGAGGGUCCGGGUGAUCGCGGAGACCUGUGAGCGCCGCAAUGACAUCGGCCGGGCCCUGGAUGCCACCGAGAUCCUGGGCUUCCUCCACAGCUGCCUCAAUCCUCUCAUCUACGUCUUCGUUGGCCAGAAGUUUCGCCACGGACUCCUCAGGAUCAUGGCCAUCCAUGGCCUGGUCAGCAAGGAGUUCUUGGCCAAGGACGGCAGGCCUUCCUUCGUUGGCUCUUCUUCAGGGAACACCUCUACUACCCUCUGA